AUCUGAAAAGUAAGUAAUUGGGUAAACAUAUUGGUACAGUAUUUCACACAUUCGUGUACAAAGUACAUUUAUUGUAAAAUGAACUGUACCGGAAGUUGGAUUGGGAUGCGCAGCAGCUACGGGAGAAACGUCCGCUAUGGCUGAGACUCACAGCUUGCAGGAUCUCCAACAGCCAGCUGUUUCCUCUAAAGUGUUCAUACAGAGAGACUACAGCUCAGGAACCAUAUGCAAGUUCCAGACCAAGUUUCCCUCUGACCUGGAAUCAAGGCUCGAUAAGCAACAGUUUGAAGAGACCAUCCAGACACUCAACAACCUGUAUGCAGAAGCAGAGAAACUGGGGGGGAAGUCUUACCUGGAAGGGUGUCUGGCUUGUCUGACUGCCUACACCAUCUUUCUCUGUAUGGAGACACACUACGAAAAGGUGUUAAAGAAGAUUGCGAGAUACAUUAAGGACCAAAAUGAAAAGAUUUAUGCUCCCAGGGGUUUGCUGCUGACAGACCCCAUAGAAAGAGGCCUCAGAGUUGUAUCCUUAACCUGGCUAAUACUGUCUAUAAUCCAAAUUGUCUUAAAAAUAAUGAAUCCCUCCCACACAAGAUGUGUGUGACAUUGUGCCAUUUCCUUAACUUGCCAUUUUCCAGGUUGAAAUUACCAUCUUUGAAGACAGAAGUAUUGGCUCCGGCAGAUAAAGUGUCCAGCAGGAUGUCAUUCGGGUCCAUUUCUGAUAAAAA